UUCCGUGGAUCUAGCCUUGAUUAUAAAAAAUAUUUUAAUUUUAAAUUGCAAAUUAAGCAAAUGGACAAACCGCGUCCUUGUGGUUGCAAAGGCCGCAGAAGUUGUUUAAUUUGCGAAGAUAAAUAUAAAAUUACACAAAACUUCGCUUAUUUAGAGAAAAGUAGGAAUGCAUUCGUGUACUGUCCCUAUUGCAAUGCAGCAUGGCCCGGUUGGGACUGCGAGGAUUACAAAUCGCAUCCGAACCACAAAGGCGAACCGUUGGAUUUUCCUGGAAUAUAUAUUGAUUUAGGUUUUCUGAAUGAAAAUGAACACGACAAUGUUAUCACAGGCAUAGAUAGUUUGCCAUGGGAUUUAUCUCAAAGCGGCAGGAGGAAACAAAAUUUCGGUCCAAAAUGUAAUUUCAAGAAACGAAAAUUACAAUUAGGCGAUUUUUGUGGUUUCCCUAAAUUUUCCAAAUUCAUUCAAGAUAAGUUCUAUGAUGUGACUAUAUUAAAAGACUUUCAAACAAUCGAGCAAUGUUCUUUGGAAUAUGAUCCUCUCAGAGGGGCAUCAAUAGAUCCACACAUUGACGAUUGUUGGAUAUGGGGUGAAAGGAUCGUUACAGUGAACCUACUAAGUGAUUCUGUGCUUACUUUGACCUAUAAUAAUAAGCCAAAUAAGUAUAAUUUAGAAUGUGUUUCACUUUAUAACAAAGUUUUAGAUGCAAAAGGAAUGGUAAAUAGUGUUAGUGAAUGUUACAAAGUCAGACCCAUGCAAAUGGACGUAAAUUAUCCCAUUGUAAGGGUACCUAUGCCUAAAUUUAGUUUGCUUGUUAUGUUUGAUUCCGCAAGAUACGAUUGGGAGCAUCAAAUUCUAAGGGAAGAUAUUCGAGAACGUAGAGUAUGUUUAGCCUAUCGGGAGUUCACUCCUCUAUAUUUAAUGGGAGGCCCUUAUUGUUCCAAGAGCAAAGGGAUUUUUGAUGAAGCAAAAAAAUUCUGGUGAACAGCUCUGUGUACAUUUUGUAAUUUGUAAUUUUGUUGACUAAUGAGAUAUAUGUGGUAAUAUAUGA